UCACGCGAUUUCUUUAUUUCUCGCUCGUUCAUUUUCUUGGUGUCUCUGGUGAUUCUUUGUUACUUUUGGUCUCUCUCGGAUCUUUUUAUAUAUCAUUCGUCUUCGCAUCGCUGAUUGCAUUUUCAGCGAUCUCUUCUUCGGGAUUUUUGCUUUCGGCGGAACGCCGUACGGUUUUUCCGAGAGAAUAUGUUUCUUAUUGAUUGGUUCUAUGGGAUUCUGGCAUCCCUGGGUCUCUGGCAAAAGGAGGCGAAGAUCCUAUUUCUAGGGCUAGAUAAUGCUGGGAAGACUACUUUACUUCACAUGCUGAAAGACGAGAGAUUAGUCCAACAUCAACCUACACAGUAUCCUACUUCGGAGGAGUUGAGCAUCGGGAAGAUAAAAUUUAAGGCCUUUGACUUAGGUGGCCACCAAAUCGCCCGCAGAGUCUGGAAGGACUAUUACGCUCAGGUGGAUGCCGUAGUCUACCUCGUUGAUGCAUAUGAUAAGGAGAGACUUGCGGAAUCAAAGAGGGAGCUAGAUGCUCUUCUUUCUGAUGAGUCGCUAGCAAAUGUGCCUUUCCUUGUCUUGGGGAACAAGAUUGACUUACCUUAUGCUGCUUCUGAAGAUGAGCUGCGAUAUCAUAUGGGCCUGACUAGCUUCACUACGGGCAAGGGCAAGGUCAAUCUGGCUGACUCUAAUGUUCGUCCUCUAGAAGUGUUCAUGUGCAGUAUUGUCCGCAAGAUGGGAUACGGCGAAGGCUUCAGGUGGCUCUCUCAGUACAUCAAAUGAGGCAGGUGAAUAGACAUUUAAGUGCGGUCGUAGUUUUGGAUCAUCAUCCUGCUGAUGUGUUCACAUUAGUACUGUAAUUUUUAGACGUGGCUGCCCAUGUAAAUUGGAUACUUAAUUGUAGCUAUACGGGCUUUCGGGCGGGGUCAAUGUGCUUGUGUGCCUGUACUGUACUGGUUGCUAAAAUUGCACAAUUAAUAAAGCGGGUUUUUUUUUUUUUUUAAA